UUCGCACAACCAAAUUAUCCACCACUUCUCUCUCUCUCUCUCUCUCUCUCUCUCUCUCUGUGAUAAAAUUAUCCAGACUUAGAGAAGAAGAAGCUUACCCAAAAUGGCCUUUGAAUCAAUGAACAUGCUUCCCAAAUGUGAGGCUAACUAUACAGCUCUCACCCCUACAACUUUUCUCAAGAGAGCUGCUGCCUUUUAUGCUAACCGUACCUCAGUCAUCUAUGAAGGCACUCGCUUCACAUGGGGCCAAACCUACGAUCGUUGCUGCCGUCUCGCUUCCUCCCUUCUUUCUCUUAACAUCGUCAAGCAUGAUGUUGUAUCAGUGUUGGCUCCUAAUGUUCCAGCAAUGUAUGAAAUGCAUUUCGCAGUGCCCAUGGCCGGGGCUGUGCUUAACACCGUUAACACCCGCCUCGAUGCCAAAAACAUCGCCUCCAUUCUCCGCCACUCGGGGGCCAAAGUCUUCUUCGUUGACUACCAGUUCGUCCCCCUGGCCCGCGAGGCCCUCAGGAUCCUCAUUUCCGGAGCUACUCAUGAGCCAUCCAUGCCUUUGGUCAUCGUGAUCGACGACAUCGACUCCCCCACAGGCAUUCGGCUCGGCGAGUUGGAGUACGAGCAGCUCAUCAAAAAGGGCAACCCCGGUUUUGUCUCUGUGGAGGUCGCCGACGAGUGGGACGCGGUGGCCUUGAACUACACCUCCGGAACGACGUCAGAACCCAAAGGCGUUGUGUACAGCCACAGAGGUGCUUACUUGAGCACUCUCAGCCUGGUCCUUGGUUGGGAAAUGGGGAGUGAGCCUGUGUAUUUAUGGACACUUCCCAUGUUCCAUUGCAACGGCUGGACCUUCACAUGGGGCGUUGCCGCACGUGGUGGCACCAAUGUCUGCCUCCGCAACACCACCGCCUACGACAUCUACCGCAACAUUCACCGCCACAAGGUCACCCAUAUGUGCUGCGCCCCAAUCAUCUUCAACAUCCUCCUCGACGCCAAACCGCACGAGCGCCGUGAUCUCGCAGUGCCCGUCCAGAUCCUCACAGGCGGAGCACCUCCGCCCGCCCCACUGCUCCAGAAAAUCGAGCCGCUGGGAUUCAAAGUGACCCACGCGUAUGGCCUAACCGAGGCAACGGGACCUGCCUUGGUCUGCGAGUGGCAGGCCAAGUGGAACAAGCUGCCUCGGGACGACCAGGCAAAGCUCAAGGCAAGACAAGGCAUAAGCAUAUUGACUCUUGCUGACGUGGACGUGAAGAACAAGGAAACAAUGGAGAGUGUCCCCCAUGACGGGAAGACCAUGGGGGAGAUUGUUUUGCGCGGGAGUAGUAUCAUGAAAGGGUACUACAAGGAUAGUAAGGAGACCUUGAAGUCAUUCCAGAACGGAUGGUUCUGGACAGGAGACGUCGGGGUUGUGCACCCGGACGGCUACCUGGAGAUAAAGGACAGGUCAAAAGACGUGAUCAUAUCAGGAGGAGAGAACAUUAGCAGUGUGGAAGUGGAGAACUUGUUACAUGGGCACCCAAAGGUGAUGGAGGCAGCAGUAGUUGCAAUGCCUCACCCUCGAUGGGGCGAAAGUCCAUGUGCUUUUGUGGCUCUGAGAAGCAACGCUGAGGGCACCACUGAGUCUGAAAUAAUAGCGUAUUGUCGGAAAAACUUGCCUCACUUUAUGUUGCCCAAGAAGGUGGAGUUUCUGCCCCAACUUCCCAGGAACCCAACGGGCAAGGUUCUCAAAAAUGAGUUGAGGGAUCGGGCAAAGGGCUUCGUAGUGUCGGAAAAUUCACAAACCGUCAUGGAUUCUGACUAUCAAAAUCAGCAGGUUCUGGCUUUGUCGCGUCUUUGAAAACUUUUAUUUUAAUUAUUAAUUUGAGUGUAUUAAGGAACAAUAUAUAUUUAGAAUAAAAUUUGUACAGUGGGUUUAAAAAAAAAUUGAUGAGGGCAGAGUGGUUGUCUUCCUUUUUUUUUUUUCCUCUUUUUGAGCUAAGUCUUCUUAUUUAAUCACAACUUGUUUUAUUCUGUCUUA